CAGGAUGUUAACAUGCCUUUACACUUUUAAUAAACCUCCAAAGAUAGUCUGAAGGUCUUUAAAAAUACUUGGAAAGGCUGUUGAAGAUGGUCGACGGUAUCGCUGUUAUCUUGUUAGACCUUGAGACGUCCCUGCCAAGCUGUGGGUCAUACCCCUCCAAACUUUCGCGCGCUAAGCUCGAACAGGAAAUUGCUGGGUAAACAAACAACAUUCGCAAAGUCACCAUUCACUUGUCAGGCUCCUUUUCUGUAACAACCACUGCCAUUCUCCUACGACACGACGACACCCUUCACAACGACAACCCCAAUGCGAUUCCUGAACCAGAUUCAAAAUACAACUUGAACAUUUAGAAACCAGCCCACGGCGCGCACAAAACCUCGUCGCCAGCAUGGCCCCCCGUGCAACAAGAUCAACCCGCUCCUCCACCGCCGGCGGCGGCGCCACCUCCCGCGCCAGCACAACAGCAACAGCCACCUCCCGCUCCUCCCCAGCCGUAAACUACAACAUCCCCGAAGAAAGCCCCGACAACGCCCUCCGACAGCAAGUCGCCGCCGUCUUCCGCGACGCCCAGCGCACCACCGCCUCCCACCGCAAGCUAGCCGUCACCCUCCGCAAGAUGCAGGAAGCCUGCUGCUAUGAGCCAACGGCUACCAAGAAAUCUGCCACGACUACUAACCUCGGCGACUUUGACGAGGAUGACUUCAACACCGAGUUUGUCCGCUGCGUUCUGCGCGUCAUGCCCGUCAAGAAGUCGGAAGGGGUAGGCGAGAAGACGGUCAGGUUCAUUGGGCUGUUUUUGCGGCAUGCGAUUGAUAAGGACAAUGAGAUUACGGGCGAGGCGGAUAUGGAUACUAGUACUAUGCCUGAGACGCCUGCUACGAGACUCACGACGUAUCUGAUGGUUACGAUUUUGCCGUUGCUGCAGGCGAAGGACAAGUUUGUGAGGUAUCGGUCGACGCAGUUGAUUUCACACAUUAUCAGCUCGCUGGAUGCGAUUGAUGAUGAUUUGUUUCAGAAGCUGAGGUCGGGGUUGUUGAAGAGGAUUCGGGACAAGGAGGCCAUGGUAAGGGUGCAGGCUGUGCUCGGGUUGGGGAGACUGGCGGGGAAUGAGGUUGAGGCUGAAGAAGAUUCGGAGGAUAGCGAGGGGGGUGGUGCGGGCAGUGGCCUCUUGGAUAAGUUGCUGGAGGUGUUGCAGAACGAUCCCAGCGCUGAUGUCAGGAGGUCGCUUUUGGUGAAUCUGCCUAUUCUGCCCAAGACGUUGCCUUUUCUGCUUGAGAGGGCGAGGGAUCAAGAUGCGGCGACGAGGAGGUCGGUGUACUCGCGGCUGCUUCCUGCGCUGGGUGAUUUUAGGCACUUGUCACUUUCGAUGAGGGAGAAGCUGCUCCGAUGGGGCUUGCGCGACAGAGAUGAGAACGUCCGUAAGGCGGCCGGUCGUCUGUUCCGUGAGCGCUGGAUUGAGGAUUGCGCGGGGACGCCACCGCCUGCUGAGACCGGUCAGCCGGCUGAGGUUUCACCCCCUAACCUCGACGCGCUCCUUGAGUUGUUGGAGCGUAUCGAUGUCAUCAACUCUGGUGGUGAGAACGGCAUUGGUCUUGAAGCCAUGAAGGGUUUCUGGGAAGGUCGUCCAGACUACAGAGAAGCCAUGGUCUUUGACGACACCUUCUUCGAGACUCUGAGCGCCGAGUCCGUCUUUGUCUGCCGAACCUUCAACGACUUUUGCCGCAGCGAGGGCAACGGCAAGUUUGAGCAGCUCGUCGAGGAGAAGCUCCCCGAAGUCACCAAGGUAGCCUUCUACCUCGAACGCUACAUCAAGGUCCUGAUCGACGCCAUCAAGCGUGCCGAAGAGCAGGAAGACCUUGAAGAGGAAGAGGAGGAGGACACGGUGGAGCAGGAGUUCAUAGCAGAACAGCUCCUCCACAUCGCCCUCACGCUCGACUACUCUGAUGAAGUCGGUCGUCGCAAGAUGUUCUCCCUCCUCCGACAGACCCUUUCCAUUCCCGAACUCCCUGACGAGGUGACCAAGUUGACUGUCAACGUCCUCCGCGACAUUUGCGCCCCUGACGCUGCCGGGGAAAAAGAAUUCUGCUCCAUCGUCCUCGAAGCCGUAGCCGACGUGCACGACACCAUCGUCGACGAGCCGCCCGCGAGCGAGAACGAUAACGACGAUGAAUCGUUCCACUCGGCUCAGUCAGAGGUGUCCACCCCCGACGGCGACACCACCCCGACCAAAUCCUCCAAGAACAAGAACGUCCCUGCGCUGUCCGAGGAGGAGGCGGCCAAGAAGGCGAUCAAGGAGAUCAUGAUCAACAUGAAGUGCUUGCAUAUUGUGCAGUGCAUGCUCGCAAACGUGACGGGCGAUCUCCAGCAAAACGACCACUUGGUUUCAAUGCUUAACAAUCUUGUUGUGCCAGCUGUCCGUUCCCACGAGGCGCCUGUGCGGGAGAGGGGUCUGGUCUGUCUGGGUUUGUGUUCGUUGUUGGAUAGGUCGCUGGCGGAGGAGAAUUUGACGCUGUUUAUGCACUUUUUUAGCAAGGGGCAUACGGCGCUGCAGAUUACGGCGCUGAACAUCUUGACGGACAUUUUGAAUGUGCAUGGGUCACAGCUGUUGUCUGCUAACCCUACACUGUUGAAGGUCUACAUCAAGGCUUUGAGGUCGGGGGCGAGGCAUCCUGAGGUGCAGGCUUCUGCUACGGUGGCGGUGUCAAAGUUGCUGCUUGGGAGGGUGAUUUCUGAUCAUGACUUUUCUGCGGAGCUGCUCAAGACGUUGGUUGUGGCGUACUUUGAGCCGGCGAGCAGUGACAACCAGUCUGUCAGGCAGGCGCUGAAUUAUUUCCUGCCGGUGUUUUGCUACAGUCGGGCGGAGAAUCAGGACUUGAUGAGGAUUGUUGCGCUGGAUGCGCUGCAUACGUUGUAUAAUGUGAGGGAGGGGCUGGAGGAUGAUGACGCGGAUGUGGACGAGGAGAUGGUGAGUUUGGCGACGAUUGGCGCUUGCUUGGUGGACUGGACGGAUCCGAGGAAGUGUUACUACCCGGGCAAAGAGGAGGGGGUGGAGGGGGAGAGGAAGAAUGUGAAUGCGGAUGUGCAUUUGGAGUUUGCGAGGGGGAUUUUGGAGAGGUUGUCUGGGAGUGUGCCGAGAGAGGAAAAGAAGAUUAUUGCUGCGCUGCUUGGCAAACUUUAUGUGUCCCCGGCCUCAAGUGAGGAGCUCACUAGAGACAUCUAUGCCCUAGUUUGUGAGGCUGUUGAGAAUGGUCUUUUGACUGAUGCGACGAGUCGGAACUCGCUGUACAAAUUGCAUGUUGGGCUUGGCAAGAUUGUCAACCAGCUUGAUGCUGCUGCUGUGGCGGCGCAGAUGAACUCGGCUGAAGGUCAGGUACAGAGGUACAGGAGGAGCGUUAGCAGGGCUAGUUCUGUUGGGCUGGGGAGUGUGGCCGGUGCUGGUGCUGGAAACAAUGCUGGAAGGGAGGGCUCAGUUGUUUCAUCCAGGGCGGGGAGCGUCAUCAAGGAGGAGGAUGAAGAGGAGGAGGAGGCGACGGUUGUGUUGAGCAGGACGGAGCCGGUGAUGAAGAGUAUUGAGGAAGAUGAUUCGGAGGAGGAUGGAGAUGAUAAGAGUUUGGUCAGUGAGUUGCUGGAUGAGGAUGAGGAAGAUGAGGGUGAGGACACUCUGUGAAUUGCCCGGGGAUGAUGGUGUUGGAUAGUGGUGUAGGGAUGAACCUAUGAGAUGGCGGGCUGGAAGGAUACCAUGACUGGCUGGGUUGUUUGUUUUGUUUGACAUGUUAUGAAUAUGAUUUGAAGACUGAUGUUAUCUUUUGAAAGACCUCGCGCAUUAUGGGA